CAGAGUGGAUCACCAACUAGCUCAGGAAACAUCACACAGCCAGACAGAGUGUCCUGUUUAAUUUGGGAGGGCAGUGAGUGCAAGAAAGUAGAUCUGACGGCACUGGACAUUGGCUGGGCAAUCAUAGACAAGGUGGACGGUCUCCCAGAGUCGUCAGAUUACUUUGUCAUUGGUCUCCUGUUCUCGUUUGUCAUCAGCCUGGUGCCUCUAGUUUUUCGAGCGUAUGUCAGUAAAGAUGCAGCAAAUAUAGAGGACUUGCUGUCUUGGUCAGGACUUUUGACACGUUGUCUUGACUUGCCAUCGCUGAUCAAGAGUUCUUACACUUGGAGGCAGUACCUUGUGAUGGUCAAUGGAAUAUUGCAGAGGUUUUUCUUGAGUCUCAUUUUCUUCUUCUUGUUGUCGGUUGCAGAUCGUACCUUUAAGCAGCGUCUGCAUUAUGCUAAACACUUUAGCUACCUGACAUCCUCAAGGCGAGCCCGCAAGUUCUCCAUGCCUCACUUCAGACUGAACAAAGUCCGCAACAUCAAGAUCUGGCUGUCACUGAGAUCCUACCUGAAGCGCCGAGGCCCCCAGCGAUCAGUGGAUGUGAUUGUGUCAGCUUGUUUCUUGUGUGCAGUCUGUGCUGUGUGUCUGAUUUCCCUUCAGAUGCUGAAGGACACAAGCAGCUACCUGGACUACCUGUGCAACUGGGAGCUGUUGGUGUGGUGCACAGCCUUGGCAGUGUUUCUCAUGCGCUUCAUGACCGUGGGUCUCAAGAUCAACAAGAAGUAUCGCAACCUGUCGGUGCUCAUCACAGAACAGAUCAACCUCUACCUGCAGAUGGAACAGAAGCCUCACAAGAAGGAAGAGCUUUUACUGGCCAACAAUGUCCUGCGCUUGGCCGAGGAUCUUCUUAAGGAGCUGGAGAGCCCUUUUAAGAUAUCCGGUUUCUCUGCCAACCCUCUCAUUUACAACAUCAUGCGAGUUGUGGUUUUGUCAGCAUUUUCUGCAGUCCUUACCGAGGUCCUGGGAUUCAAGCUCAAACUGCAUAAAAUCAAGCUGAAAGGUUAA